AAAUGUCGCUUGCUGCUAAGAACUCAAAUGGAGUGAUACGCAGUGAAGAACGUAGCGACAAGCAUCAGCUCAGUCUCGAAAAGCAUGGGCCGUUCUCGGUGUCGGCAUCCGUGUGUAUCUUUUUUUUCUUUACACCAUGGCAAAAACAAGCUGGGAGACGGCAACAGGGUGGUACUAGGAGACAGCCAUUCAAUCAGGCUGAGGCCGAGGCGAGACACAGAUACGAGGGGCUCUCUGCCUUUCCUCACCACCCAUUUUUCUUCUCUUCCCCUCCCCCCUCCAAAUAUUCACACUUGAGCAACAAACGAUUGAGCCAUCUGGCCCGUUGCACGCAAUUAUACCAGACGAACGACCGAAGCCGUGGCUGUCAUCGAAGCUCCCUUCGCACGCAUUCCCCAUUUCACCCACACUGCGUUCACUCGCUUCCCGACCCCGCAAAGCUCAAAAAUGGCUCCUCCGUACGGUCUCACUGAGGCAGAGUAUAGAGAUUACAAGGCAGUCUUCUCCAUAUUCGACCGCGAUGGUACAGGCGCCAUCAACGCCGAGGAGUUUCAGAUCGCCAUGAAAUCGCUCGGCCUGAACCCCAGCAUCAAGGAGGUCAACGAGCUCAUCGCCGAAGUCGACCCCAACAACGAUGGCGGCAUUGAUUUCAACGAAUUCCUCCAGCUCAUGAGCGAGGCCCCCGCGCCGUCGAGCAAGGACUCGGACACCAACAAGGAGCUCGUUGCCGCCUUCAAGGUCUUCGACAAGGACAACAGCGGCUCUGUCUCGCCCUCGGAGCUGCGCCAGGUGCUGUUGUCCCUCGGCCAGCGCGCCACCGACGAGGAGAUUGAGGAGAUGAUCAAACACGCCGACCUGGAUGGCAAUGGUUCCAUUGACUACCAGGAAUUUGUUCAGCUCAUGGCCCCGAAAGACGGCAAGAAGUGAAAGAAACUAAAGAAAUGGAUAAGACUCGGUACGGAAGGGAUGCCAAAGCGUAGGCGAACAUUUUGACGGGGGUUGGGUUAUCUCUAGGGGUAUUUCUUUAGUUACGGGGACAAGAUAGUGGUGGAAAAGGGGGGGGGAAACGCACGACACUUGGCUGCCUUUUGAUACCCUUUCCCCCCGAUGAAGGCACAUUGAGAUGGAAAGGUUCGGGCAGCGGUUUGCAAGGCGAAGACAGACUUGGCAGGACAGACCACACGACAAACACAUACGCACAACAUACACACAUUGAAACCCAAUCAAACAUGCGUUCCCACGAU